UGCAAUGGCGACGACUCUGCUUUCCGCUUUGUGUCUCCUGAUUGGACUUGUAUGUUUCCCAAGUACAGAAUGUUGGGAAGCACCUUGGUUCUGUCAUGGACACGAGUGUCCCGUGUACACUGUGGUACAAGAGUAUGAGGGAUUUGAGGAGCGUAGCUACGAAGUGAGCCAUUGGAUUACAACUGAUGUCGCGAGCACCAGUGAAAGUGAUUUAAAGGAUGGAUUUUGGAAACUGUAUUAUUUCAAUCAUGGUCAAAACAGUGAAAAUAAGGCGAUUGCUAUGAGCAGGCCUGUGCUGGUCUCAGUGAAGGAAGCUGAUGGUAUGGGGGAGCGACAGGUGUCCAUUUCCGUCUUUCAGUCUGACACGGAGAUUCCUGAGCCCAAUGAUAACACCAUCAGAAAAACAGUCAUACCAGGCGGUACUGUCUACAUCAGGUCUUUUGGUGGUUUUGCAUCUGAUGAAGAUGCCUUGGAGAAUGUGCAGCACCUUAGGGAGGACCUCAGAGCUGCAGGAAAGGUGUUUGUUGAAAGCAGGUUUGAUGCAGCUGGAUAUGAUGCACCGUGGGAUUUGUUCAACAGGCACAAUGAAGUUUGGGUUCGUGCACCCUGAGGACUUGCAGACUGGAAAGUUCUGUUCCUCAUUCCUACGGUGUAGCCUCUUUUGACUUUAAAGUUCCAGUCUAUUGAAGAUUUCCUUGUAUCAUAUGACAAAAUGAUAGUAUAUUGUUCAUGUCUUAGUCUUAACCACUGGAUUAAUGUUUCAUUUUGUGCAAUACAAAUGUGGAAGAACUGAAGUUGUUUGCAAGGAUUAUAAACUGGUUUUAGGAAUGUGAUGACUAUCAAAUACCUCUGCAGGUUCAGAUAGAACUGAAAACUGAAAAUGCUGUAAAAUCUACUUAAAUCGAAUAGCUUUAACAAUAAAACAUUUGACCUCUUUAUUCAAAAAAA